AUGGUCCAAUUCCUCUAUGAAUCUGCCGAAAAAGGAAAUAAUGAAGCACGGAGGAUGUUGCGAUCAAAAUUUCGACCCUCCACCAUUCUAUCUCAAAUCUCACCAUUUCCACAAAACGAAAAUAAAGUUUUAAAAAUAGAUACAAAAUGGUACUCAAUUUUGGAUGAAAAAUUACCUUUAAUCGAAUCCAAACAUUAUUUUAUGCUUAGUAAACUUAUUCCUAAACCAAAAUUGUUAUCUCAUGAAAUUCAUGCAAAUGCAGAAAACUUAGUAAAUUUAGUCAUGGAUGAAAACAAAAGAGGCAGAAUAUCAAGAUUUGAUUGCAUUGCUUCACUAUUUGCCUCUACUGAAUGUUCUGUUGCUCAAGAUAUCUUUCGAACUGUAUCUCAAUUUCCAAUUGCAUUUCCAUUAUUGAUACCCGAUUUAGAAAAUGCAGAAAAUUUUAAAGUAAUGCUUCCUUUGUUUACCGGAUUAGCGAUCAAAUGUUGUACAAGCAAUGGAUCAAUUAUAGAAAAUCAUCUUUUUAAAGAUUCUUUUAAAAUGAUUGUUGCAGUUAGGACUGGAGAGAACUCUCUAGGAAAAAAUACUAUACUUAAUCAGUUGAUGGCUUCAAAAGAUAUGUUCUCACCAUGUUCUGAGCUAAGAACCAAUUAUGGAAUUCAACACAUGAUCGAUGGAAGUGUUGAGUUUGUUUGGCUGACAAAAGAGACUUGUGAUCCUAACCUAUGGAAGAGUAUCUUUGAAAAAAUUUAUUAUGAACAAGGAAGAAAAGAGAUCAUAUUGCUUGCCAAUUUACAUGGUGAUGCCUUACAUUGUCAAUAUCAACUAAAAUUUCUAAAACAAUUACCUUCUUAUUUCUUGGUUUUCUUGCCGCCUAAAAAUGAAGUUCAAAAAGUUCAAAAAGUUGAACUCGAAAAAUUGAUUGGUUCAGAAAAAGUUAAAUACAUCUAUGAGAAUCUUGGAGAUAAUGCAAUAAAAGAAGUUUAUAAAAAUAUUAAAGAUGUCGUUGAUUCCGAUCCUGCUAAUCAUGAUAAUUUUUCAAUUUAUAAAUUAGAAAUGGGAGAAAAACUUCAACUUGCUGAAAAUAUAGAGUGUGAUAAAUCCCAGGACAUUAUAGAUUGUAUUAAACGUAAAAAUUGCCGUGACAUUAAAUUAAAGAUUAUGCAACUUCAAGGAAAGCAACCUAAAGAUGGAAUUUUCGAAGAGCUACGAUUAUUCAUUUCUAUUAUAGCACUACCUAUUAGAGAGAGAAUAAAAGCUUUAGCACAUCUUGAAAGAGAAUUAUCCAGGCUUUCCAUAGUAGAGUCUUCUGAACCUCGGAAAAACGCUAUAUCGAAAAGGGAACAAUUAAAUAAUCUGAAUGGUAAUGAAGGAGAAAAGAACAAAAUUCGUAAAGAAAUUACAAACCUUUGGGAAGAAGUUGAUAAUAAAAGCUUGGGAAUCGAACAUUUCUUUCGUGGAAUAGGACAUAUGUAUAAAUUUGUUUUUGAUUCCAACGAUCCAACUAUAGUAAAUCUUAAGGGAUCACCAAAUCAUUAUGCAGAUCUGUUAAUUAAUGGUCACACUAUAGAAUUACUUGAUGGUAAUUCUACAAUUAUAUCUGAAGUUUGGUUCUUAGCCGUUUGCGAUAAAAUUGAUAAAAAAUUUCCUAAACUCAGGAUUUUUGUAGUUAGUAUACUUGGACCGCAUUCUUCCGGAAAGUCCACUCUUUUAAAUACACUUUUUGCAUGUAAAUUUGCUGUUUCAGCUGGGCGUUGUACUAAGGGGCUUUUGAUGCGGUUUUUAUUUUUGGAAAAAGACUUAUCUGAACAACUUGGUGUUGACGCUUUUAUCUUGAUUGACACUGAAGGACUUGGUGCACCAGAGAAAAUAAAUAAUCCAGAAUUAGAAAAAAAGGAUCGAGAGUUAGCAAAUUUUACAAUGCAAAUAAGCGAUUUAACAAUUAUUAACAUUCUUGGAGACUCAAAGAGAGAGUUAACUAAAAUCUCGAGAACGAUAAAUCUUCGCAUGUUCCCCAAUAUACUUAUAGUACAACAAAUCGCAGAAAAUAAUGUGACAAAGCCAGAACUAGAACAGAAAUUUCAUGAAAACUUUCAAGAAGUUUUCGGCUUUGAAUUUCUUAAUAAUAUAAAACUUCUCAAAGUAAUUGCACCAUUUAAAAAUGGUAUAACAACUUAUUCUUCUCAAUCAAAACAAUAUCAUUAUGAGGAUGUUGCCGACUUAUACGAAUCUAUAAUGAAUAACUGCGAAAAUCGACAAAGUAAGGAAAAUUUUUCACGUUGGUUUCAUCUAAUUAAAAAUAACUGGGAUAAUAAAGAUUCCUCGAUCAUAAAGAAUAAUGAAAAAACUUAUAAUUUUAUUGAACUUGGAAAGCAAAUUACAAAUUUGAAAGAAAUUAUUGACACAACAUUUUUAAAACAUAAGGAAUUGAUAGAAAAAGAAAUUCAAUCAACUGUUCAGGAAUGGCUUUCAAAAGGUUUAAGUGUGAAUUUAAUUAGAAAAGAAUGUGAAAAAUUGAUUAAAAAGUUAGAUGAUGUUCCAGAGAUUAGUUUUAAGGUAGAUUGUGAAGAAUGCAAAACGGUAGACGAAGAGAGAGGUAAAUUAAAUAACUAUCUUGAAGGAAGAAAUGAUGUUAAUUGUAAAGAUGAUGCUAAUAAAACUAUCGAUAAGCAUAUCAAAGAUUGUCGUGAAUUAAAAUCCACAGAACUUGAAAUGAAGCUUGAGAACAUUUUAAACCGAGAUAAAAAUAAAUUUUUCGGACUUUAUCAAUUUAUUGACAGGUUAUUAGAAAUAGUCUUAAAUCCGCAGGAAGAAAUAAAUAAAAUAUGGGAAUCAUUGUGUGAAAAAGUAUUAACAAAAAAAGAAAUCAUGAAAGAAGAAAUCAUUAAUGAAGCAGAUAAAGAAUAUGAAGAAUAUGGAAUAGAUUUAAAAAAUCACAUAAAUAAAAAUAUUCCAGAAUUAUCUAAUAUUGAUGCAAUAUGCAAUGCCGAUUGGUUUGGUUGGUUCGACUUGUUUAGGAAAAAACGUUUGGAACAAAAUGACAUAGAAUGGCUCAAAAAGGAAAUUAAUCUGAGAUAA